GCCCAAGCUCUUCUCACAGAGGGAGGGACAGAGCAGGCAGCAGACACCAUGGAGCACCCGUCAUCCCCUGCCCACAGAGGGCACUUUCCCUGGCAGGGGCUUCUGCUGGCAGUCUCACUAUUAACCUUCUGGAACCCACCCACCACUGCCCAACUCACUAUUGAAUCGGUGCCGACAGAUGCUCUUGAAGGAACGGAUGUUCUUCUACUUGUCCACAAUCUGCCUGAGAAUCUUUUAGGCUAUGUCUGGCUGAAAGGGGAAGGAAUAGAUCCUGAUCAACAAAUUGUAAUAUAUGUGAUAGAAACACAAGAAAAUACCCCAUGGCUUCUAUAUAGUGGUCGAGAGACAACAUACCACAAUGGAUCUCUGCUGUUCCAGAACGUCACCCGGAAUGACACAGGAUACUACACCCUACAAGCCAUAGACCAAGAUUUUAACAAUGCAGUGGGAACUGUACAGCUCCGCGUAUACCCGGAGUUAACCAAACCCAACAUCACGUGCAACAACUCCAACCCUGUGGAGCACAAGGACCCUGUAGUGUUAACAUGUGAACCUGAGACUCAGAACACCACUUACCUGUGGUCGAUCAACAAUCAGAGCCUCCUGGAUAGGACCUGGCUGAAGCUGUCUCCAGACAACAGGACUCUCACUUUACUCCAUGUCACAAUAAAUGACACAGGACCCUAUGAGUGUGAAACCUGGAACCCAGUGAGUGCCUGUCGCAGUGACCCAUUCUACCUCAAUGUUCUCUAUGACCAAACAUCUGCUGGCCUCUCAGCUGGGGCUGUUGGCGGCAUCGUGGUUGGAGUCUUGGCUGGGGUAGCUCUGAUAGCAGCACUGGUGUACAGUCGGUGUAGCAGAAAGGCUGAAGAGUAUGAUGUCCAUUGUUAGUGUUUCACUUUCUUCAAGGUGAACUGCCAUGUUUAGGAGAGGGAAGGAGACUUCAACUCUGUCUCUGGGCCUGCAUCUGCUCCUCCUCCCUCCUAAACGUCUGCCUCUCUGCACUAGUUCCUGCAGGGCUCUUCCUCCCUGGUCUUCAUGCUUCCUCUACCCCACUGUCUGUUGGACAUGGUUAUUCCCAACCCUAUCUAGUUUAGAGGGGGCAGAUCAAACUAUGUUCCUCUGCCCCCAGUCAGGGAAACCAAGGUCCAAGAAGGAAAACAAAUGGGGAAAUGAAAGGAGGGGCAGGAGAAACGGAGUCAUGUGCUCUCUCAACCAUAGCAGCAGGAUGGAUGGAUAAGACAGGAAGAGAACCUAAGAAAAAGCAGAAACAACCAAAGGCAUCUUGGGCAAUAAAUGAAGUGAGAAAAAAACAGCAUCUGCCUAUGAAAGGGGAAAUGUGUCAGGGUAGAAGUAGGUUAGAGGAAGCUGAAAGAAUGGACUCAAAUGUGCACAUCCAGCAAACAGGAAAGGAGUAAACACCAGAAGGAAUCAAGGGUAGACUGAGGAAGGAGGCCCUGAGGGGAAAGGCAGUAACCACCAUGGUAUAGAUGAACACAAGGAAUUAUCUGCUGACAGUGUCCUUCCUCAUUCAAGGAGUAAAGCCCCUAUGCUCAGGAAUAGCAGUCACAAUGUCUGAUAUUGAUUUAGGGCAAGUGACCAGCACGAUCUCACAGAGCACAAGCCCUCAGCCUCCAACCUCAGUAAGUAAAGCCACUCACCCAGUGACAGCUGGUGUGUUCUACCAUGUGCCCUAAACUAGCAGGGAAUCCUGGAUCCCUACACCCCUCACUACCUUCUGAAUUUUGAGGGGAUCUUCACUUCACAACCUUAAGUUGGCAUAGGUCCUCACACCCUUCCUAGCCACAAAAGAUUCCCCUGAGACACAGCCCCAGCAGAGAUGCUCACUCUGCCUAGGCCAGGCAGGCCUAAGAUGGACAUGCUUCCAGGAGCCAUUUCCUCAUCCUUCCUCCUUCUGCCUCCUGCCUCCUUCUGCCUAAUGCCUCUUUGGAUGCAGGCAUUGUCCUUUGGUGAGACUUUCCCUGUCUUGGGGUGCUCUGGGUGCUGUGGCCCCCAAUGUCCCUCCUUUCAACUAAAGCCUGUUGAUGAAAAACACAUCAAGGAAAAGAUCAAGGCCUUGUGGCCUGGAAAAAAAAUUCAGAAGUGCAUUGAGGCCUCCUCUGGCUCUACUCCUCCCCCUCCUCUGGUAUUAAUGCCCUGGAUCUAUGUCACACUCUCUGAGGGGAGCUAAUUCCUUAAGUGAUCAUAGGCCACCUCCCCACUCCACCUUCCCACCACCUGCCACCUCCUUCAGGGAGAAAUCACAACAUCUUAGGAACACCAUCAUUCUAAGGCCAUAAGCCAGCUUUGCAUUUCCAUGGGUUGGCAACUCUUCUUUUGCUUCCCCAGGUCAGGGCCACUCUGACAAUUCUCCUAACAAGGUUAGCACUGCCAAUUUCACUUCUGUGCAGUUUCUCAUGGAAAUAUCUCUGUAUAGAAUGGGUUAUUCUUGAAGACACCAAUGUGAGACCAGGUUUGGGUCAAAUUUCCUCAAUGUAGCAGCAAACAAAGGAAUGUUGGUAAUGACUCCCAUGAGUCUACCUCAUUACACACAUGUGGACUUUAGAAUUAUCCCCACCCUGUGUUUGAAUCCUGGCUGAGACUCUUAGUAGCUCUGUGACCUUGGACAAGUAGUUUAACCUUUCUGAUCCUUGGCUUUGUCAUCUCAGAAUGGGCAUGCUGCCUACUUCAAAGAGGAGGUGAAGGAAUUCAAUGACAUACAGAUGUACAGCACCCAGCACAGUGCCCAACACAAGGAAGGCCUCAGUCAUUCUCCCUCCUCUAUCUUCAGUCUGACUCUGUUCUUACUGUUGGAGGAUAAUUUCCAUGCUAAUGGAUCUGAUGUCUUAGUUCCUUUACCUUAAUUUUACCAAAUUUUUCUCAUCUUUACUUUUCAAUAAUGUACACAUACUAAAAAGUGCUUAAAUCAUAAGUAUAUUUUAACAAUAUAUGAAUUUUGACAAGUUGAACAUACUCAUGUAAGCAGCACCAAAAUCAAGAAACAAAACAUGUCAUCCUCCCCUCAAAAAUUCCUCCAAUUACUUCCCUCCAAAGAGUAACCACUAUCCUGCCUUCCAGUGCGCUAGAUUAGUUUUGCCUAUGUUCCUACAUAAAUGAAAGACACAGCAUAUCCUUAUAUUUGUCAGCUUCUUUCAUUUAAACUUGUUUUGUGAGAUUCAUCCAUAUUGUUGUAUGUAUGUGUAGUGUGUUCAUUCUCAUAGCUGUAAUCAUUGUAUUCCAUUGUAUGAAUACCAUAAUCUUUCCCUCCAAUGAUCAUUCACAGGAUGUUAGCAAGCAGAAAUAGUGGGUGAUAAAAGCCAUCCCCUAGCUAAAAGUCUCAAAGUGGUGAUAGCAUGUGGUACUGAAUCACGCUACACCAGAUGAAGGCCUGACCUAUGAGAUUCAUUUAAUUGACCGCUGCUCAUGCCUUUCAGAUGGAUGUAGUUGCAUAUUCUUCCCUGAAAUUCAACUCCCAGGAAUCAAAGAAACAAACUUCAGCCUCCCCAUCCCCAUUAGCCAUAGAAACAGUUUAUUCAGAAGUUAAACAGAAGUACUGCAACCUGCCCUGUUCGCUUCACUGCUGACUUACUCCAAGCUUCUCAUCCCCAUCACUGGAAGGAUCCCUUUACCCUCAAGGAAAAGAAGACGAAGCCUCUUCCCUGCCUCAACUUCCAAAUGAGUCACCUCCAGGCUGCCCAGUCACAGCCCCUCCCUUCAGUGACAAUACAUGAAAAGGUACAGCCAGGAGUCUGUAGGAAACCCAACCUUCCCAGUCUUUGAAAUUUGGCAAAGCAGACCUUGGGAAAGAGUUGCCAGAACCUUCCUCCCCUCCCCAUCUCUGGACCUAGACUUGUUUUAAACCUGCCCAUUCAGAGCACACUCACCUUCCCACCCCAGUCCUGUCUUAUCCGAGUCUAACAAUAAUUUACCACAAACUUGAGAGAUAUGUCCUCAUCCCCUGAAAUGCAUGUGCCUGAAAAGAACACAGAAAAAGUAAAAGUAAAAGUGUCUCCUGUCUCUCCAAAGUCCAGGGUAAACUCACCAGACACAGGAAAGCAAAUAUAUAACCAAUUCCAAACUGGAAAUUUUUACACUUUUGUCCACUGUCAGGGUUGUCUACACGUAGCACCAGGGCCUAAGUACCUUGCUGCUUAGCUGGAAUACCACAUAACCCUUUGGCAAGCCUGUCUUCACAAACCAAAUAGAAGCAACUAGGAAAAUUAUUUGCCAAGAUACACAGGUGAGUCCUAGUGGAAAAUGCAAAAAAAAAAAAAAAAUGCACACAUGUUUUAAUCACUUUAUGGGCUUUAUUCAAGCAAAUGCCCCCAGAAGGAGGGGUUACAACUUUAGGGAGGAGUCAGCUGUUAACAGAGACAACCUGCUGGGAAUUUGGGAAAGGAAUCAGAGAGCUACCCUUCAGAGACUGUUAAAUGACUGUUAAAGAAUGCACAAUUUGGGGUGGUGGGUUUUUUCCUUUUCUCUGAGACAUUCUGCCAUUUAAUUUUUCUACUUGUUUAUUUAUGUGAGAAGGGUUAUUUUCCCUUAGCUUAGCUGUGUGAGCCAAUCUGACUGCCUUAGAAGAAAGAAACCACCAAAACCCCUCAAGUCCCCUUGGCCAGGAGCUCCUCAAGGCUUUUAUGUCAGGGGCUCCAAAUAGCAAAGAAGCAGCCAUUUUCCUCAUUCAUGGCUAGAAAUGGCUCUAACUCAGUUUCCAGGCAUCUCAGGCCAAUCACCAGCCACCAUUCUAUCCCAUGUAUCUGGCUGUGCAUGUUCUGUCUGUCUGUCCCACUCAUUUUCUCAGGAAAACUUGGCCCCUGCUAAGGUACAUUUGGUUCUUGAGAAGUGGGAGCACCUUCAAGGGAACACUAUCACUCAUGCCAUUGGCAUUGUUUACAACCUAGAAAGCUGGACUGGUGCUGAUGGUCCUUAAGACACAGGGGAAUAUUAUAACAGAGUCCUCGGCUUCUUGAAGAGCAUCUGAAAUUUGUUUUCCCUCAUGGGAUCUAUGAGUCCCAAUGUGUCUUAGGAUAAAAGGAAGGGCAAGAGAAGGAGGGGCAAGUACACUUCCCACCUAGCGUUCUACUACACAGAUGGAAUCUCUUUAGGGCUGUUGAGGGAAAGGUUUUAUUUGAUACUGAUUACUUGAUCUCAUGCUGUGCCUAAGAGGCCCCCUCAAAGAGGGUUAGUUGGGAGUUCUCUGUACUCAGGUACCUCUUUGAGAGUUUUCUAACCCUGACACACACUGUAUAGACUUCUCCUUAUCCAUGCUACUCUGUGUUAUUUAAUUUUGCUUACCUAAGGCCACUUUGGAAUUAUUUGUAAAUGUGCUCUAUAUUUAUAAUAAAAAUUAUUUAUCAGACAUCAA